AAAUACGAUCGUUUCAGGACGUUGUUACGAUACCGAGACAUUUUAAAUCCGAUCUCCUUCAGCCUUAACAAACCCAACUUCGUCGUUUGUUUUGUUUUGGUAAAAAUUCCUACGAACUCUAUCUUUAGAUAUCCUGAAUUUGACAUUUUGAUGUCUUUAAACGUUGACCAUCAGCAGCUGCUGGGUAACUAUUAAUGAUUAAUGAUUAUUUGUUAUGUCGAGCGGGAACCUCCACACGGCAGCUCACACACGGCUAACAUCGGCUGCGUGACAGUGGGACUGGGACAAUCCGUUAAAGCCGGUCAAAAAUAGAAACACGAGCAGCGCCUCCCUCUCCCUCCCUCCCCUCCUCUGUCCAUCACCAUCUCCUCCUCCUCCCCUCACAUACGUCACGCCGUCGCUGGUCCACUCCACUCAGGAAAUUUGAACACGGAUCUCUUCACCACGCGCUCACACACGGGCAUCUCUCGGCGCCAAGGUCACAGUGAGUCCUGGAAAAAGAGUCCGGCUCAGCCAUCAGCUCCUCACAGCGAACGGUCAGUGUUGAAGGUGGGCAAGCCAUGGCGCCCCCUGCCACAAAUCCAUCUGCAGUGCCACCACCAGACGGCGGCUGGGGCUGGGCUGUGGUGCUGGGCUCUUUCAUCUCCAUAGGGUUCUCCUACGCCUUUCCCAAGGCCAUCACGGUCUUCUUCAAAGACAUCCAGAUCAUCUUCGACGCCUCCUACAGUCAGAUCGCAUGGAUCUCCUCCAUCAUGCUGGCGGUCAUGUACGCUGCGGGUCCCAUCAGCAGCAUCCUGGUCAACACCUACGGCUGUCGGCCCAUCGUCAUGAUGGGCGGCUGCCUAUGCGCCACUGGCAUGAUCUUAGCGUCGUUCUGCAAUGACGUGGUGCAGCUCUACAUCUGCAUCGGCGUCAUUGGAGGUCUGGGGCUGGCGUUCAACCUGCAGCCAGCUCUGACCAUGAUCGGCAGGUACUUCUACAAGAAGCGUCCCAUAGCUAACGGACUGGCGAUGGCGGGCAGCCCGGUGUUCCUCAGCACCUUGGCUCCUCUGAACCAGUUUCUCUUCAACAACUUUGGUUGGAGAGGCAGCUUCCUCAUCCUGGGGGGGCUGCUGUUGAACUGCUGUGUGGCUGGCUCCCUCAUGAGACCCCUGGGACCCCCGCCGGGCAAGGUCAAUAAAGACAAAGUCCUGGCUGUCGCCACGCCGCCGGAAGGGAAACGUUCUGCCUGGCAGAUUCUCAACAAGUACCUGGACCUGACCCUGUUCAAACACCGAGGCUUCCUCAUCUACCUGUCGGGAAACGUCAUCAUGUUCCUGGGCUUCUUCGCGCCCAUCGUCUUCCUCGCUGCCUACGCCAAGGACAUGGGAGUGGACGAGUACUCGGCCGCCUUCCUGCUCUCAAUCCUGGCUUUCGUUGACAUGUUUGCACGACCGUCCAUGGGACUGUUGGCCAACUCGCGAUGGGUUCGACCUCGGAUCCAAUACUUUUUCAGCUUCGCUGUACUGUACAACGGCGUGUGCCACAUCCUCUGCCCCCUGGUGGAGAGCUACAGCGGCUUGGUUGUGUAUUCCAUUUUCUUUGGCUUUGCCUUCGGCAUGGUGAGCUCAGUGCUGUUUGAAACGCUGAUGGACCUUGUUGGACCUCAGAGGUUCUCCAGCGCCGUAGGCCUCACCACGAUCGUGGAGUGCUGCCCGGUGCUUCUCGGUCCACCGCUAGCAGGGAAACUCGUCGACGUCACCAAAAACUACAAGUACAUGUACUUCUGCUGCGGGGCCGUGGUGAUCUUGGCCAGUAUUUGGCUCUUCAUCGGAAACUUUAUAAACUACAGACUCUUGGCGCGUGAGCGCAAACUCGCAGAGCAGUACAAACGGACUGAGACGGAAGAUCCAGACCAGGUGAGGUUCCGGAAGGAGGAGGACGGCGAGGCUCAGGCGUCUGACGGCGCGGCUAACGAGGGUCAGAAAGACGAGGAGGCCAUGCAGCGGGAAACCAACAUCUGAGAGCCGCGGCGCUCGCUCUCCUUCAGUGACUGUGCAAUGCUUCCAAAUGGAGAUCAAACCUGUGUCCGGCGCCACCUCCUGGUGCCCCAGCAGGCUGUGUUUAGGGUCCUCUGCAUUUCUAACAAACCAACUUCUGAAGCAGAUGUUGUUUUGUUGACAGCUUUAAUAGGUAUGUGUUUAUCAAAGAUAUUUGUUACAAUAACAGGAAGUGUAAGAUAGUCUGUGAACGGGAAGAGUCCGAAAAAGUGAAACGGUGAAUUAUUGUGUUUAUUUUUUUUUUCUUUUGCUGUUAGUUUCACCACAUAUCGGAUAUUCACAAUUUAGUAUUUACACCAGUGGGAUAAAUCUCUUCACAUCCACACAGACAUAGUGACAUAAUAUUAAUGUGAAAACCACAGUACUUCGUAGCAAACAAAACCUUUUUCAUGUUCAAAUCACCAUUCCAUGCCAUUUUGGUUUUGCUCAUAUUUUUCCGAUGUGUCAUGAACGCAGCGUCACCGUUCCUCAAAAACCUGGAACUGCAAUUCACCCAGACUGACGUCUGUGUGUGUUGUCAGUCGUCCAGGUCAUUGACAUGCGAUCAAAGGUGGAAUUCGGUAAAUAAGAACGCUCUGUGAGGUGAAGGUCAAGAUCAGAAGGCCACGAUAUAAAGUCAACACUUCCAAUUCCUGCUUUCAUUUAUUUAUUUUUUUGGAACUUUUUGAAACACUUUUCAAACUUCCAGUGGUGAAGUCCAUCUAGUACUUUUCCAGAUUUCUGUUUCCAAAACAGCACCAUUUGGUGAGACCGCUUGAAUCUGCAAAUGAGUUUGACGACCGCCACGCACUGAACGCCGUCGACCUAUUUUUCGUUAGACCGUCCAGAUUGAAACGGGGGGGAAAAAAAUCCUUAAAGCUCAUUUCACGAAGCGACUGGGCGUCCUAAAACUUCCACUUCAGGGUCGAGAGCAGAUGUGUUCGCAGCUGCUCGACCACACACUGCCCGCCCGAGCGCUGUAACACCGUAGUAAAACCAGCACUGAUGUCCCGCUAUAAUAUCCUGUGUCGUAAAAGGCUGGCAGUACUUUGUGAAAUACUCCGUGUUGCUCCUGUGUACAGUAUGUUGCACUAAAACAACAACUGGCCGCACUUCUCCCCAAACCUCUUUAUUGCUGCUGCAUUUCAUUCAGUCAAAAUGUGGUGGGGUGUAAUUCUCCCGUUGGGCCAGUGGGAGGCGUUAUGACCAAAAUAACCUGCAUAUAUAAAGAACUAAUUUAUACAAGUAUAGCCCUUGAGCAAUAUAUAUAUAUAUUUCAACGCAGAAACACAGGGAAAUGUUGAGUAUUUAUUGUGGUGCGUUCAAGGUCCUUUCUGUAAUACAUUGCCUUAAAUGUGGUGUAGUGUAUUUGUUGUGUACUUGAUAGUAGUAUAGUAUUAUGUGAAGCAGAUCUACCUUUGGAGUGAAAUGCAACGCACAUAUAUUACUGCAAACCAGUUACACUCGUCAUCUGCUCCAGUUUUUAUUUUUAUUUUUUUCAUCUUUUGUUGUUUUGAUGUUAAAUAGUUAAAGGUGGAGUUCAGGAAUCUGUGAUUGUCAUCGCAGAGCAUGUAGGACUCCCCUGCAGGGGGUGCUAUAAGACACCGUCAACAUCCUUCCUUAUUUAUUCAUCACCCAGUUUUAAUUUUCCUAACCGUCACCCCGCUGUGCUGUUGAUCGGAUUUUCGGCCGAAAUCCCGAGGCUAGCAGCUGACCACCUGCUUCUGCGGUCCGAAUGAAGCCAAACACAUUCGAAUACUACAAAUGCAGUUUGUUUAAAGUAGUCAUGCUAGAGAAUACAGCAUUUUUGCAGUUUAUUUUUUUUCCUAUUUUACAUUUUAAAAUAGAUGUGCAGCUGUGUAGCAUUUAACCAUGACGUAUUAUGACCAAACGGCGCCCUCUGCAGGCCAUAGUGAGAUAACAUCAACCAGCCUUGGUCACUGAAGUGUGAAGACAGCUGACAAAACGUAUAAAAUAAGUCAAAUAUUUCAUGUAAUUAAUGCUAGUUAACACGAUCGUGACCUCGGCUGGGUUUGGUUUGGUUCGUAUAUCGUUUCAGGAUUCAUCUGUCAGCUCCAGAAUUCGUUUUCAGAUUAGCUUCAUCUUUAUUCGCCCAAAGAUGCACUUUAUUCACUAGCAUUUCACGCUCAGAAGAGUGUUUUCACGCGUAAUCCUGUCGGUGUCUUUUCGUAUAAAUACAUACGUCCUACUAACACCUUCUAAAAUAUACUAAUCCAGUUUGCACUUUGUGGAAAGAGGGACAGAUUUCACUCACUGUGCUCACCGAACAUGAUUAUCAAUGGUACGUUAGACUGCUGUACAAUCACUUUCUACCAAAUAACACUGCCCCCUGCUGGUUUCAAGACACCAAGACCAAGAUGUAACGCCAAGUUUCCUUUUAAAAAAGGGAAAUAAAGUAGAAUUUUAUUAGGGUUUUUUUUUUCUGUUUUCUGUUCAGUAUCUAAAGGUGUUGAUUCUUUCUGGUGGUGGGAACACACCUUUUUUUUCCCCUGGAUAUUUUUAUUCCUGCCUGUGAGGCUGGAAAGACGAGGCUAUAAUGAGUUUGAUGAAGAAAAGGGAAAACCUGUGAUUCUCACCAUAAUUUUUUUCCAAAUCCGUUCCAUGUGCAAGAAAAAGACGCAUAUAUAAGGAACUGGAGGGAAAAAUAAAAACAAAUCUUAUUUGAAGUUAUUUUUAAUUGUAUAUUUAGAACAAAGGUGAACAGAUGAUGUAAUUCAGACAGAAAUAACUCAGAGUGAACUCCAUGUGCACCUUUAGCCUUAUUGACUAUAGAUAUUUAUAGACUUUUAACUUUCUCUUCUGUUUGGGUUUGUAUAUGUAUUUAGAAAUGACCUUUGACCUAUUCAAAAUGAUUAUACUUGUUUUUAAACACAGAGCUUUAAGUUUUUUAAAAAACAACUGUUCUGUUUUAAGUAUUUAUAGCUCUUUUAUUUCUUUCGUUUUCAUGAUGUGUGGAACAAAUGUACUCUGAAAAUGUAAGUGGUUUAAAGUUUGUAUUCUGGACUGGAGACUUGGACAGAUGUCCCUCAGGAUGUCACUGGAAGACGCCUGUUGACAAACAGUGUUUGACUGAUAACAGCAGAACGAACCACGAGAGGAAAAGAAAAAUUCUAAUUCAAAUCCUUGAGGUUUGGUCAAAAUGUCGUAUUUUUUCCACAUCAGGUAUUUUCUUAAGACAAAUUUCAUGUUUAUUUCUAGUUUUAGUAUUUUAUUUUCUACAACCUGCCCCCCCGCUCCCAAAUAUUGUAAAUAUGCAAAUGUGAACGUCCAUCCCUGAUGCAGAUUUUUUUUUAAUUCCUUAAGGAAUUCUAACGAAUGUUAAUAAGAACAAAAAUCAAGUCUGCAGAAGAAAAAAAAACUUCUUCUUUCUUAUCAGCAUAGCAGUGAGAAAAUAAAUGACUGUGUUGGUGUUGACUGUGUACAAGGUGAUCUGCUACUGGGAGGCUGAAGGACUGUCGCGGAUGUAUCUAGCUGCUAAGCUAACUGUGCCUUAUCAUGUUACACUAAUGACUUAUUAGUUUCUGACUCCUGUCCUACUCCGUAACUAACUCUGUCUCAUUUAUUAGUUUUAUUUAAAUCAUCGAUUUAUUCAUUCAUAAUCGACUGUUGUUUGUCUGAGGAAAUCAGUGAAGAGAAUGGGACGCGACGUUAGCGGUUUGGACGAAUCACCUCACCUCAGAUGUAAGCAGCCGUUCUCCUGUCUGGAGCUCGGCAUCGAACCCAGUCCUUCACGACCUUCUGGUAGCAGCCCCACUGUGUGCUUUCUCAUCAGGCCUGUGUGGCGAGAAAAAACAAAACAAAAACCUACUGUAUCUUUAGAAAGUGUCCGUCUUUUCGACUACCUCUGCAGCCACCGUGUCAGAGUGAGAACCACACAGGUGAAGAAGAGUGAUUGUAAAAUGUAGUCUCACGUGACAAUACCGCCGAUCACAGUAGCUGAACGAUUAAACUAAAUGUCCAAAUGA